AGUCAAAAUUAUCUGUUGUUCUUCAAUAAUUCUUCACUGCGUCCGCUAAAACCCCAUUUCUACAGUUGGGGGUUUUGCAGAAUCUCUAUGCAAUGGCUUCAGUGUCUUUCACGCAGUUUCCAGUGAUGCACAGGUUAUGGGGAUGGAGCUUGAAUAGGAAUACCUUUCCAUAUACGAAUUUUGUGGGAAUUCAGGAUUGCAGAGCAAAUAAGCAUGUGGUAAUGGCGGUUUCGAGAAAGAAAACGUCCGAUUCGUUAGGUGAGGAUGUGUCAAAUGAGGAAGAAGGAAGUGCAGCGAAGAAAUCUGGUAGAACAAGUAAACGAGCUUCUUCAAGAACCAAGAAAAAGGCACCUGAGAUUCCAGGUGAAAGUUCUGCAGCCAAUGGUAAUGGUGGAGGCGAUGAAAUUUCAUUGAGUUCAAGCUCCACAGAAACUCCAAAAAAAACACGAACCAGAACUCGAAAAAAAGCUUCAUCAACAUCUGAGGCCGUGGAAGGAGAAACGACAGAAAAGGUUACAAGACGACGAAGAUCUAAGAAAAAAGUAGAUGAUAUGGAAAGUCACGGUAGUGAAGCAGAAGUUAGUGACUGGGAGGGGGGUGGAUUUGAUCUUCCCAUGGAUGAAGACAGUGAAGAAGAGCUAGAGAUUGAUAUAGACGAAGGAGAGGAUAUAAGCUACACGUAUGGAUGGCCGCCUCUGGUUUGCUGUUUCGGUGCAGCGCAGCAUGCUUUUAUACCGGCAGGACGACGUGCAAACAGAAUUAUUGACUACGAAAUUCAUGAGCGGAUGAAAGAUGUUCUGUGGGAGCCUGAGAAAUUCGUAAGGUCUCCUGGAGGAUGUGCGAGUAAUGUUGCGGUAGCUCUCGCAAGUUUGGGAGGUAAAGUUGCCUUCAUGGGGAAACUUGGAGACGAUGAUUUUGGUGAUUCCUUGCUCUAUUUCUUGAACAUCAACAAAGUUCAGACAAGAUCAGUACGGAUUGAUGAUAAAAGGUCAACGGCUAUAUCAAUGAUGAAAAUCAGCAAGAGGGGUGGCCUGAAGAUGACUGCUGUCAAACCGUGUGCAGAAGAUUGUCUCUCGAAGUCGGAAAUCAACAUUGAUGUGUUGAAAGAGGCAGAAAUGUUUUACUUCAACACAUUCAGCCUUCUCGACCCUAAUAUGAGAUCAACCUUGCUUCGAGCUAUCAAAAUUGCAAAAAAGCUAGGAAAUGUUGUGUUUUACGAUCUCAACCUUCCGAUGCCACUCUGGCAAUCGAGUGAAGAAACCAAGGCGUUCAUUCGUACAGCCUGGAAUCUCUCUGACAUUAUAGAGGUCACCAAGCAAGAGUUCGAAUUUCUUAGUGGAAUAACACCAGAGGAUGAUUUUGAUACCAAAGACAAUCGUAAAUCCAAAUUCAUUCAUUAUGCGCCCGAUGUGGUUUCUAAGCUCUGGCAUGACAAUCUCAAGAUCUUCUUCAUAACAAAUGGAACUUCGAAAAUACAUUACUACACUAAGGAACAUGACGGCGCAGUCAAUGGAAUGGAGGAUGCGCCUAUCACGCCUUAUACCUCGGACAUGUCUGCGUCUGGAGAUGGUAUCGUUGCAGGUCUAAUGAGAAUGCUGUCGGUUCAGCCGCACCUUUUAUCCGACAAAGGCUACUUGGAACAUACGGUAAACUAUGCUCUCAACUGCGGCGUAAUCGACCAAUGGCUGCAGGCACGGCAGCUCGGCUACCCUGCAAAGGAAGGGAUGGAAGACGUCGAAGCUGACCCCCACGGCAUCAGAUCGAUAACAGAAAAGGAAUACAGAACGUUGGUCCCGGAGAAGGAAUGAUCGAUCCAUCGACGACAAUGCAACGGGUAAUUUUCUGAGGUUUUUAUUACAUGCCUUAAGCUCUUUUACAUAGCCUUUGUUUUAGCUCUCUGUGGUGCAGUUUCUUGUUCCAUUUGCUGAGAGUUUUGCACAAGGUAUUUCCACAUUGCUGUGUUUCUUUAAGCUAUGGUUUUUGUUAAAGAUAUUAUAAAAAAUAUAUAUAUUUUUUUUUAAAUUUAAAUACAACA